AUGGCUUCGUUCAUCACCACAAUGUUCGUGCCCCUGAUAUCUGUUUCUUCUGCGGAUGAGACUGCCCCUCCGUCGUCAUCAUCAUCGCCUUCCCGCAAAGCACACGCUCUUGCCCCUUCUACUUCCUAUAACACCGUUCAUGUCUCUUAUGAUCCUAUCUCCGCGCCUCCUUCGUACCUGUCGCCUGCUGUUUGCGCCCUGAAACAAGGCCUGUGUGCACUAACACCACCUAGAAAUGCUCGGACGAGAGCGCCCUUCAAGCCUCGCUCGGCGGCCAAGGGGACGACUAGUUAUCAGCUGAGACAGUUCGCAGAAGCCACGCUUGGAAGUGGGAGUUUACGGAAGGCUGUCAAGCUUCCAGAAGGGGAGGACGUUAAUGAGUGGUUGGCUGUUAAUGUGGUCGACUUCUACAACCAGAUCAACCUUCUUUACGGCGCCAUUACUGAAUUCUGUUCCCCACAAACGUGCCCAGAAAUGAAAGCCACCGAUGAGUUCGAGUACCUGUGGCAGGAUUCGGAGCACUAUAAGCGUCCCACAAAGAUGUCUGCGCCCGAGUAUAUUGAACACCUCAUGAGCUGGGUUCAGGGGAAUAUCGACAACGAGCAGAUGUUUCCCAGUCGGUUAGGCGUCCCAUUUCCAAAGGCAUUCUCCAGUCUUGUUCGCCAGAUCUUCAAGCGCAUGUACCGUGUAUAUGCUCACAUCUACUGCCACCACUAUCCUGUGAUUGUGCACCUCGGCCUCGAGCCACACCUCAACACUAGUUUCAAGCACUACGUGCUUUUCAUUGAUGAGCAUCGGUUGGCGAGCGGCAAAGACUUCUGGGGGCCGUUGGGAGAUCUAGUGGAUAGCAUGCUGCGAAGUGACUGA